ACGCAGCAAACAGCAUCAGAUCAGUCAGAGGAAAGGAUGAAGUGUACGACGCUUUUUCUCGUGUUGUCCAUGGUUGUCCUGAUGGCUCAGCCAGGAGAGUGCUUCAUUGGAUGGAUCAUAAAGGGAAUCGGUCAUGCAAUUAAAGACAUUCACAACAUGAUUCAUGGGAAUGGAAAAGUUGCAGAAGAACAAGCAGACCAACUGGACCAGGAUCAACUAAACCGGCAACAAUUGGACCAGAAUAAACUGGAUCAGGAUCAACUGGACCAGGACCAACUAAACCAGCAACAAUUGGACCAGGAUAAACUGGAUCAAGAAGAUCUGGACCAGGAUCAACUGAAUCAAGAAGAUCUGGACCAGCAGCAGUUGGACAAACGUUCCUACUGAUCCACACUUUGUCACUUUAAUUAGACACAAGAGGCCACUCCGAAUAUGCCAACAAUUCUUGCUUUUAAACAUUUUUCAAGUAUCAACCUGCUUUGUUAUGUUGCGUAACUUCUGAAUACUCUGCUUUUGUUAUGUGACAUUUUUUUUGCAAAGUGGAAAAUAAACCAAAGAAGCUUUACAGAGUGCAGGCAAAGUACACCGCAUCGUAUACUGCAGACAGUUUUGUCAAAAGUGAAAUGCAAAUAAAAUAAU